AUGGAUUUAUCAGAAGAAGAGUGGGAAAAAACCUUUAGAACAAAUCUUAAAGGAUCAUGGUUGGUGUCGAAGUAUGUUUCUCGUCAGAUGCUUGCUUUCAAUCAAGGAGGAUCAAUAAUCAACAUGUCUUUUAUUUCGGGUCUUAAUCGUGUCCAGUUUCGUGGAAGUAUCGCAUAUUCUUGUUCAAAAUCAGCCUUGAAUACCAUGACACAAGUGAUGUCCAUGGAACUUGGGAACCACAAAAUAAGGGUAAACUCAAUAUGUCCUGGCCUUUUUAAAUCUGAGAUUACAAAGGUGCUCUUUCAACAAAAAAUGCUUAAGAAUGUGGCCUCAAAGAUCAUAGCAUUGAGAGAAUUUGGCACUAUCGACCCUGCUUUGACCUCGCUGGUUAGAUAUCUAAUCCACGACUCAUCGAACUACAUCACUGGUAACAUUUUUAUUGUAGAUGCAGGAACCACUUUACCAGGUGUACCGAUUUAUUCGUCACUUUGA